CACAAAAAGUAAAGUGGUAAAGCAAGUAAUACAAAUAUGAUUACUAUGGCCAAUAAUAUGUUUGCUCUAUUUGUUGUGAUAUCAUUAACAUUUGCUUUCACAAAUGCAGAAGAUCCUCUUCUUGAAAUCGGUAACCUCACUCGGAAAAGUUUCCCUGCUGGAUUCAUUUUUGGGGCAGGGGGAUCAGCAUACCAAUAUGAAGGUGCGGCGAAUGAAGGUGGUAAAGGACCAAGUAUUUGGGAUACCUAUACUCAUAAUCAUCCAGAAAGAAUAGCGGAUGGAAGCAAUGGAGACGUCGCCAUUGAUCAAUACCACCGUUAUAAGGAAGAUGUGCAAAUUAUAAAAGAUUUGAAUAUGGAUUCGUACAGAUUCUCAAUCUCUUGGUCGAGAAUACUCCCAAAAGGAAAGUUGAGCGGAGGAAAAAAUCCCGAAGGAAUACAAUAUUACAACAACCUCAUCAAUGAAUCGUUGGCUCAUGGUAUAAAACCAUAUAUAACUCUUUUUCAUUGGGAUCUUCCUCAAGCUUUGGAAGACGAGUAUGGUGGUUUCUUAAACUCUAGCAUAAUAAAUGAUUUUCGAGACUAUGCGGAUCUUUGUUUCCACGAAUUUGGAGAUAGAGUGAAGGAUUGGGUUACUUUCAACGAGCCAUGGAUGUUUAGCAACGGUGGUUAUGCAGUUGGAUCACUGGCACCAGGUCGAUGUUCGGAUCCAACGUGUCUAGGUGGAAAUUCUGGCACAGAACCUUAUACAGUUACACACAACCAAAUUCUUGCUCAUGCACAUGCCGUGCGAGUGUAUAGAACCAAAUAUAAGGCAAAACAAAAUGGUAAAAUUGGUAUAACGUUGGUAAGUAACUGGUUCUUACCACUCAGAGAUAAUGUAGAAGAUGAAUUGGCUACGAGGAGAGCUCUUGACUUCCAAUUAGGAUGGUUUAUGGAACCAUUAACAACUGGAAAUUAUUCUUUAAGCAUGCAAAAUAUUGUGAAAACUCGAUUGCCGAAAUUCACUACAGAGCAAUCACGUCUAGUCAAUGGUUCUUUUGAUUUUCUUGGCUUAAACUAUUACACUUCUACUUAUAUUAGUAAUGCACCCCCUCAAGAGAAUGUGCCACCUAGUUACACAACAGAUUCUAGAACUAAUACUUCAUCUGAAAAAAAUGGGAGACCUCUAGGCCCAAGGGCUGCUUCAAGUUGGUUAUAUGUUUAUCCAAGGGGACUUCGAGAUCUUUUGUUACAUAUUAAGGAGAAAUACAACAAUCCUGCAAUUUACAUCCAUGAAAAUGGUAUGGAUGAAUUUAAUGAUCCAACACUUCCAGUAAAAGAAGCUCUUUUGGAUACUUUUAGAAUUGAUUAUUAUUUUCGUCAUCUCUACUACAUUCGUUCUGCAAUUCAGCUUGGCGCAAACGUUAAGGCAUUCUUGGCUUGGUCACUUUUUGACAAUUUUGAAUGGGGUGGUGGCUAUCAACAUCGGUUUGGAUUAAACUAUAUAGAUUACAAAGAUGGAUUAAAAAGAUAUCCAAAGGUUUCUGCACAAUGGUACCAGAACUUUCUCAAAAGAGACUAGUACUUAUAAUAUCGUUUGAAGCUGGGGCACCUCUAAAUUUAAUGCCUGAAAAAUGUUAAAUCUUAAUUAAUAGCAUUGUAUUUAGGCUAUUAUCUCUAUUGUAUGCUCACCUAUAAAAUAAGUGCCUUGUUUGAUUUUGAGACAAAUGCGAAUAAAAACUUUGUUAUGUUUCACCAA